AGAGAGAGGGAGACACAGAAUCGGAGGCAAGCUCCAGGCUCUGAGCCAUCAGCCCAGAGCCCAACGCGGGGCUCGAACUCGCGGACCGCGAGAUCGUGACCUGAGCUGAAGUCGGACGCUUAACCGACUGAGCCACUCAGGCGCGCCUAUUGUGCACUCUUAAGGCUACUUUCAUGUAGCGUGAUGUUUUGAUAUACAUUCAGAUUGUUGCUUGUAUCACUGAGUCAUUCCUUUUUUUAUCUGAAUAGUAAUCUUUUGUAUGAAUACAUCAUAGUUGGUUUACCCAUUCUGCUAUGGAUAUACAUCUGGGUUGUUUCCAGUUUUUGGUUAUUGUUAAUAAGCUGUUAUGAAUAUUCUUGGACAAGUCUUUUUGUGGGAAUAUGUUUUCAUUUUGGGAGGAUAAAUACCUAGAAGUGCAAUUGCUGAGUUAUAGGGGAGAGUACUAGACUUUUCCCUAAAUUGGGUGAACCAAUUUACGCCAAUAUAUAAAAGUAUCUUUUGUUUAACAUUCUCACCAGAUUUGGUGUUUCCAGUCUUACCAGUUUUAGCCAUUAGUGUGGAUAUGCAGUGGUACUUCACUGUGGUAGUUUAUUGAUGUUUUUAUCUUAUUUAUUUUUUAAGUAGUCACUAUGCCCAAUGGGGGACUCCAAAUUACAGCCCCAAGAUCAAGAGUUACAGGCUCUUCCAACUAAACCAGCCAGGUGCCUCCAUUGUGGUAGUUUAUUGUAUGUUAAAUAUCGUUUUCUUAUAUCCUACCUUCCCUAUCUAAUCACUGUCUACACAGCACUGCCCUCAGCUUUACCAGAACCGCACCCCCUCCCCAGCUUUUUCUGUAUUACUUUAACUUUGCCUUCAAUUUUUUUUGCCAUUGCACUUUUAUCUAUAGGCCACUCUGGGAGAGAACUAUUUUAAAAUUGCUGAGCACUGUGGUAUCAAAUCAUCGAGUUUGGUAAAUAAAUACGCCUAUCAUAGGUCAACAGGAAUGUUUUGCCUUCCUACUUGUUUGGUUUGCAGAUAUUUUUAGAGGGGAGAGGUGACAGGAUAAUAUUUUUACAUAGACUUAUAUGCACAAGCUGUACACAGAUGUAUAACACAAGUCAAUGUUCUUAUCCAUCAACUGUAGAUUAGCCCUAGUUCAACUCUCUUUUUAUAAUAAAUAUGAAAGGCAAGAUCCUAUUGGAAAUAUCCAGUGGCACUGAAGAAUUUGGAACCCAGAAUCUACUAUUGAAAUUUUUGACAAUUUGGUAGUUAAGUUCCUUUGAAUAAAUUAGUAGAGUAGCUUCCUGAGUUGUAAGUACGGGAAAGUCACCCAAGGCACUACCACACUUAAUUUUCUUUCAAAAAUAAAAUAGUUACGAAGACUUCUUAGGUGAUAAACUUUUUUUUUCCCCCAUAUAGUAGUAAUUUGCAAUCUUGGCUGCUUGUUUGAACCAUCUGAGAGUGAGAAAUAGGGGAGCUUUUAAAAUCCUUAUUGCCCAGGCUCUACUCCAGAGCAAUUAAAUUACAGUAUCUGGGAUAGGACCCAGGCAUCAGUAUUUUGUAAAUUUCCCCAGGUGAUUCCAGUGUGCAGCUAAGAUUACAAAUCAGUGCUACAUGGGAACCCAUGAAAUAAAAUUUAGGGGCGUGUGUGUGAGUUUUCUUUCUGUGAAACUUCUAUGUUGCUUACUAACAAGGGUAUUACAGGUUUUUAGGUUGGGCUUUGCUGUUUACAAACUCUGUGACUUUGGGCAAGUUGCUUAGCCUAAUGUUUCUGUGAUGAUUAAAUGAAAUCAUAAUGAAAAGUUUUUAGUGCAAUGCAGAGUACAAAGUAGAUCUUUAACAACUAUUGGUUUCCUUUUCUUUUAGAAAUGGUAUAGGAAUAAAUGAGGAUUAUAAACUAUCAUUCCUUCUUUGUUAAAUUUAGUGCAGCCUUAUAUGUCAGGUGUUACUAACAACAAAGCCCUUAUAUUCUAUCAUCAACAUAGAAGUUACCACAGGGCUCAAUGUACUGAAGUCCCUUAUCAGUGCAGAGAUAGACCUCAUACUCUAUAGUUAAAGCCAUCAACUGAGCACUGGACACAGUUAUCUGAUAAAAUAUACCAAGAUUUAAAUAUGUUACAUGUGUUGAAGGAACCAUACACCACCUAAUCAGAGGGAUUAUCUUGAAUUUUUUUUCUUUAAAACACGAUGUUUAAACUCUGUACAAAAAAAAAGUCUGAACUCUUUAAAAAUAUUUUGCUCUUUUAAACAAACUUGGACUUCGGGGAAUAUUAAUGUCUUGUCUUGGAAGUUGUGGUAUACACUACAGUAUCUACAACUAUGCCUUGUAUAAAAUAUGUAGGCAUUCAUUGAAUACUUGCUGAAUGAGUGUUCUCAUCGGAACCAUAAGAAAUUACUAUUUUUCAUAUGCUUUGAAAUAAAGCAACAACAGAAGCUUACAAAUAGUUUGUUUCAUUUCCUAAAUUUAUGUGGUGCCAGUUUCUCUUUAAAGAGGAAAGUUUGUACAAUGAACUGGUCCCUAAUCUUUCUCGUGUGAAAUGUGAGGGCAGAGGUUGAGAUCACGACGUGCACAUAGGGAUGGAAAUAACUUAAGUGAAGGAAACGAGCGGGUGAGCACACAGGGGGCGGCAGGUCAUGAAUUCUGCCCACUCGCAGCUUUUGGCAGCUCUGGAAAGGCGGCCUAAGAAGUUCUUGGGAUUCUUGAGCUUAACAACCAUAAGCAAGGGGUGGAGUGCUUAAUCCUUUCGAGUGAAUGAUAAACACUGUGGAAGGCGUGUCUUCCAGCGUUCCACUCCCUUGGGGCUGUAGGUCACGUGAGCAGAAAGUACUUCCCUCUUCCCAGCCUUCGUCUCCCGUAGGCAGUGAUUUGAGUGCGAAAGGGGCACAGUAAGGAAGAGGUAGGUAAGGAAAGUAGAGUGGAGGGCAGUGUAACUACAGAACGAGCACGGGAUUUCUACGUGUAACAAUGCCACACUUUACCGUGACUAAGGUGGAGGACCCAGAGGAGGGGGCAGCAGCUUCGGUCUCCCAAGAGGGGGCGACCAGCUUAGCAGAAAUAAAAGCCCUGAUUCAGCAUUCAGAUGAACUAGACCCGAGUCAGAACUCCAUCACAGGGGAACACAGCCAGCUGUUAGAUGAUGGGCAUAAUAAGAAAGCUCGAAAUGCUUAUCUCAAUAAUUCCAAUUAUGAAGAAGGAGAUGAAUAUUUUGAUAAAAACCUGGCACUCUUUGAGGAAGAAAUGGACACAAGACCAAAGGUAUCUUCUCUCCUCAACCGUAUGGCCAAUUAUACUAAUCUGACACAAGGAGCGAAGGAACAUGAAGAGGCAGAGAACAUCACUGAGGGGAAAAAGAAGCCCACCAAGACCCCUCAAAUGGGUACUUUCAUGGGUGUCUACCUCCCCUGUCUACAAAAUAUUUUUGGAGUGAUCUUGUUUCUACGCCUUACAUGGGUUGUGGGCACGGCUGGCGUUCUUCAGGCCUUCGCAAUCGUCCUUAUCUGCUGCUGCUGUACAAUGUUGACUGCUAUCUCCAUGAGUGCCAUUGCCACUAAUGGAGUGGUGCCAGCUGGAGGCUCAUACUUUAUGAUUUCCCGGGCCCUGGGCCCAGAGUUUGGUGGGGCUGUUGGCCUCUGCUUUUAUCUUGGUACCACAUUUGCAGCAGCCAUGUAUAUCCUUGGUGCCAUUGAAAUUUUUCUGGUAUAUAUUGUGCCCCGAGCUGCCAUCUUUCGUAGCGAUGAUGCACUCAAGGAAUCAGCAGCCAUGCUAAAUAACAUGCGUGUCUAUGGCACCGCGUUCUUGGUUCUCAUGGUAUUGGUGGUAUUCAUCGGUGUACGCUAUGUGAACAAGUUUGCCUCACUUUUCCUGGCCUGUGUCAUUGUGUCCAUCUUGGCCAUCUAUGCUGGAGCCAUCAAGUCUUCUUUUGCCCCUCCACACUUCCCGGUCUGCAUGCUGGGUAACCGCACCCUUUCAUCAAGACACAUUGAUACUUGCUCUAAGACCAAGGAAAUUAACAACAUGACAGUACCAUCAAGGUUAUGGGGCUUCUUCUGUAACUCAAGUCAGUUUUUCAAUGCCACCUGUGAUGAAUACUUUGUUCACAAUAAUGUCACUUCAAUCCAGGGCAUUCCUGGAUUGGCUAGUGGUGUCAUUACAGAGAAUCUUUGGAGUAAUUACCUACCAAAGGGAGAGAUCAUUGAAAAGCCCUCAGCCAAAUCUUCUGAUGUCUUGGGCAGCUUAAAUCAUGAGUAUGUCCUUGUUGACAUCACCACCUCUUUUACUCUUCUGGUGGGGAUCUUCUUUCCUUCUGUCACAGGUAUCAUGGCUGGAUCAAACAGAUCUGGAGAUCUGAAAGAUGCUCAAAAGUCUAUUCCCAUUGGCACUAUCCUCGCCAUCCUGACCACCUCCUUUGUCUAUUUAAGCAAUGUUGUCCUUUUUGGUGCCUGUAUUGAAGGUGUUGUUCUCAGAGACAAGUUUGGGGAUGCUGUGAAAGGUAAUCUUGUGGUGGGUACCUUAUCUUGGCCAUCCCCAUGGGUGAUUGUUAUUGGCUCCUUCUUCUCCACAUGUGGGGCUGGACUUCAGAGUCUCACAGGUGCACCAAGGCUGCUCCAGGCUAUAGCCAAGGAUAACAUCAUACCCUUUCUGAGGGUUUUUGGUCACAGCAAAGCCAAUGGGGAACCUACCUGGGCUUUACUUCUAACUGCCGCCAUUGCAGAGCUGGGAAUCCUUAUCGCCUCCCUGGAUCUUGUGGCCCCAAUUCUUUCUAUGUUUUUCCUCAUGUGUUACCUCUUUGUGAACUUGGCAUGUGCCUUGCAAACAUUACUUCGAACACCCAACUGGAGACCCCGGUUUCGCUACUACCACUGGGCCCUCUCUUUCAUGGGAAUGAGUAUCUGUCUGGCUCUGAUGUUCAUUUCUUCCUGGUAUUACGCUAUUGUAGCUAUGGUGAUAGCUGGUAUGAUCUACAAGUACAUCGAGUACCAAGGAGCGGAGAAAGAAUGGGGUGAUGGAAUCCGUGGGCUGUCCCUCAGUGCAGCCCGAUUUGCUUUGCUUCGGCUGGAGGAAGGACCUCCACACACUAAAAACUGGAGGCCUCAGUUGCUUGUAUUGCUGAAACUAGAUGAAGACUUACACGUCAAGCAUCCUCGCCUCCUCACCUUUGCUUCACAGCUUAAAGCAGGAAAGGGCCUCACUAUUGUGGGCUCUGUUAUCGUGGGGAACUUCCUGGAGAACUACGGGGAAGCUCUAGCUGCUGAGCAGACCAUAAAACAUCUAAUGGAGGCAGAGAAGGUGAAAGGGUUCUGCCAGCUGGUGGUGGCGGCCAAGCUGAGAGAGGGCAUUUCCCACCUCAUCCAGUCAUGUGGCCUUGGGGGCAUGAAGCACAACACCGUGGUGAUGGGAUGGCCUAAUGGCUGGCGCCAGAGUGAAGACGCUCGAGCUUGGAAGACUUUUAUUGGCACAGUUCGAGUGACAACUGCUGCCCAUCUGGCCCUGCUGGUGGCUAAAAACAUCUCCUUCUUUCCCAGCAACGUGGAGCAGUUUUCUGAGGGCAACAUUGAUGUGUGGUGGAUUGUGCAUGAUGGGGGGAUGCUCAUGCUCUUACCAUUCCUACUUAAACAGCACAAGGUGUGGCGAAAAUGCAGCAUACGGAUCUUCACAGUAGCCCAGUUAGAAGACAAUAGUAUUCAGAUGAAGAAGGACCUGGCCACCUUCCUCUAUCACCUUCGCAUUGAGGCAGAGGUGGAGGUGGUGGAGAUGCAUGACAGUGACAUUUCAGCUUAUACUUAUGAGCGCACCCUGAUGAUGGAGCAGAGAUCCCAGAUGCUCCGGCACAUGCGACUGUCCAAAACCGAGCGGGACAGAGAGGCACAGUUGGUGAAAGACCGGAACUCAAUGCUGCGAUUGACCAGCAUUGGCUCUGAUGAGGAUGAAGAGACAGAAACCUAUCAGGAGAAGGUGCACAUGACUUGGACAAAAGACAAGUACAUGGCAUCCCGGGGACAAAAGGCCAAGUCGAUGGAAGGAUUCCAGGACCUGCUUAACAUGCGUCCGGACCAGUCCAAUGUGAGGAGGAUGCAUACAGCAGUGAAACUCAAUGAGGUUAUAGUUAACAAGUCCCACGAAGCAAAGCUUGUUUUGUUGAAUAUGCCAGGGCCACCUCGAAACCCUGAGGGUGAUGAAAACUACAUGGAGUUCCUAGAAGUGCUCACCGAGGGACUAGAGCGAGUCCUCCUUGUCCGAGGUGGUGGCAGUGAAGUGAUCACCAUUUAUUCAUAAUCUACUCCUGAGUGACUCUGCUUGGCCUCACCUUUCCUAAAAGGCUUCCAUCCUUCGUGGAAGUGCCAGCUCUUUACUACUACUCCCAUCAAGUAGGCCUGGGUUCUGUACACAUCACACUGAACUCUUGACAGGCUGAGCCUCAAGUACUUGUGCAAAAAAAGUACAAAUAGUUCUGCUCUUUGCUGUCAUAUGAUCUGCCAUCCUUACAGAAGAAGCAAAUAUUCCCUCAACAUUGGAACACUGGUCAAGUCCUAAAAGCCAUGUCUGUCCCAGUUGAAGUCAAGUUAGAAUUAACAAGCUAAACCAAUAAAAAUGAAUUGGCAAAAGGGAUGCUAGAAAUUCAACUGAAGACCGAAAGCAAGUACAGGUCCAACAUUAAAGGGAAGUCUCAGAAGUCAUGGUCCAGUGAUGACACCAUGGGGGUAACAGCCAGAGGACACAGCUUCAUCAUACUAAAGAAAUCACAGCCAAGUAUAUGGGGACCUAACAUCCUUGUGGAGAUAACCUGUGGCAAACCAAGAUGAAAACCUUUUUUAGCUAAUUUUCUUUAAUGAAUCCACUGUUCUCCAGGACUCUGAUUUUCUGUUAGGGUACUAAUAUACAAAAACUGACACAUGGCUGCAGCCUUUACUUCUUCCUCCAAAAUAAGAUUCUCCCCAAAUACCAGGUUUAAGUACAUAUACUAUGUUGGUGUAUAUAUAUAUAUAUGUGUGUGUGUGUGUGUGUGUGUGUGUGUGUGUGUGUGUAUGUGUAUACACACAUAUAUGUAGGUGUAUAUAUAUGUAUAUAUAUAUGUGUGUGUAUAUAUAUACGUAUAUGUGUGUAUAUAUACACGUAUACACACACACACACAUAUAUGUAUCAGCUGGUUCUCAAAAUCGAUUCUGUGGUUAAGAUUGUAAUACAGGCAUUAUUAUCCUGGAAAUUGUUUUUUAAAGUUGGAGUGGAAAAUUUUCUUUCAGGUUGUGUUCAAAUGGCCAAAUUAAGGUAACUCCAAAUGGUAGCUGUUAAGAUCUACUGAAACACAGUCUGUGGUUACCUAUGCGACAAGGGCAAACAUUAAAGUUGUUAUCUAGGAAACCUAGAUGAUGAUGCAUAGUGCCCAACAGUUUCUCCUCUCCCUUUUUUUUAUGCCCUCUGGGUUGGUAGGCAGGCAUAGGUCAAAAAUCAGGAACAAACACUAGGAAGACUGGCUGAAAUCCUUCCCUAAAAGCGUUGGACUGUCUUUUAAAGGGGGAAUCUAGCAAUGGGAUUUGAAGUUCCAGAGCCAUACUCCUUCCAUAGUGCCAAAGAUUGAGCUGCUGCUCCUCUCCCUACCUUCUUCACUAAAGUGGCAUAUGAUUGGCAUUGGCCUGAUUCAAGAAACUUCUCUUUCACUAAGAAUCCUGUGGACUCAUUUCCAAAGCCAUAGCAAAGACUUGAGGCACUCACCUAAAUGCCCACAAUAUGAGCAGUUUUCUUUUCUCAAUUCUAUUCUUGUGACUGCAGAAACUUGGCUCUGAACUAAGAGUAUCCAAGCCAACAGUCCUCUGCUAUAACAGUUGUUUUCAGAAAGCUCUAAAUGUGUCAAGGAAAUACUUGUGCAAGCUUAGCUUUUUAUUUGCUCAUUUACUGGUCAUUAAAACACCUGGCUUUCAAGCAUAGGGAAACCACCUUGAGUAGUAAUUGCAAAUAUGUGAAAUGUUCAUUUCUUUUAUAGGAUAAGUAUUUAGAGAAACUAUCCUAACUGUAUUCAUGACUGAUUUUGAAUCACUUUAUUAAUGAUAAAUAGUGCCACUCUUUUUUGAUUACCCAAUAGGAUUUGGAGGAAGCAAACCUAGGUAUCAGCAGACUAUUCAUUUGACUGUUACGGGGCAGAGGAGAACUCUUCAGUAUGGCUUCAGAAAUUGAGUCAUUUUGUUCCCUUUGCUCUUUUUUCAACCUCAAGACCCAGUCAGGGUAGCAAAGCAGACACAAUCUUUAAGUCUUUUUCCUGCUCCUUCCUGCAGAGGGUAGAAGCAUUGUUUACAGUUUCCACCGUAAUACUCCAUUGUUGAAUUGAGUCCACAGUAGUGGAAUAGGUUCCUUAGGACCCAAGAUAUUGACACCCCAGUCUUUAAAGGUCAGCCUACCCAGGAAUUCCUCUACAUUUACACACAUCCUCUGGCCAAAGUAGUUGAUCUUUUUUUUUCCAUAUAGAAAAAAUAUGGGCAGAAAACAAGGUUUUAGAAGAGCUUUUUGUGGUUGGAGCUCUAUAAGAAUCUUUUAAAAGGGAUAACAGAGUUAGUGGCUACUAAUACAGCCGCUACUUCAGCCCUUAAAACAUACAAUCACCAUUAUGUGGGAAAAUGGUUAUUAGGCCAGAUUUAAACUCAUCUCUGUCUACAGCAUUUCACGUCCGUGUGUUGCUUAUGUUGUUUGUCUGCAAAGUGUCUUGUCUCUUCUAAUCACUGCAAAUAAAGCAAUACUGAAAACUUGAUAAGAGAAUGCACCUUAGGGGAAGGGGCUUUUAUGUUUCAAGAAGGAAGAGAAAGGAAAGACCUCUUCCUGCCUUUUGAGUAAGAGUCAGCUUUUAAGUCUCAGCUAUGAUUUACCAGGGCAGAUUAUGACAAUAUCCAUUCUCCAGAUCCUGGCCCUCUGCCUUCUAAAGCUAUCCUAAAAGCUGAGGCUUGAAUUGCAGCAUCUGCUUGACAGAUGCCAGGUUCCUCUUGGCAGGGGAAAGAUCAUUACUGUGUAUCUUCCUUUGCCUCAGAUGGCUGUGGCCCCGACUAUCCCGCCAAUCCUCACGCCCCCUACAUGUGUUAAAAAUCCAUUAUUGUGGAUAUUAAAGUAGCGAUUACACUGUAAGCAUAUUUACGUGCCCUUUUUGUCUGGUUUAUUUUUCUUUUCAUCAUGUAUAAUCUGAAUCCAGCAUUAGUUUCUUACAUCUUCCACAAAUGUCUCCAACAGAAUUUUUAUGUUCCAGCUUGUGUUAAAUAGAAGUGAAAUAUUAAGGAAAAUAGAUUUAAGGGAAACUUGUACAACUUUUUUUUAAGCAUUGUUCUCGACCAUUUAAUUUAUUGAAAGGAGCUGCUGCUGUGGUUCUCGAUUUAGCAGCGGCCAUUCUUUUGUUUACAUAGAGUUACAGUUUUAUUUGUUGUUUUGCUCUGUACUGGAAACAUAAAUAAAGUUUUCUACAUUAUUUUCAGUCAA